GCUCACCUGUAGGCACGUGGACUCUUCGUCUUUAAUAAUGGGAGACAUUGGCGAAGCUUUAUUUAUCAGCACACUUAAUAAUGAGCGAGCAUCCUGCUGCGUACAAGACCUGCGCACAGGAACCGAUCUGAUGCGUUACAAAGGCGGCGGCACGAUGCAGCCGCACAGCCUCCAAAUGCUCGAGGAUCACUUUGUGAUAGCAGCCAACAGCACGAAACCUUUGUUGCAUGUGUGGCCGAUCAAUGGGCAGGAACAAAUGACCAGCAUACGUUACGUGGUGCCCGGCAAGGUAAAUGCCUUGGCCUUGACGCCAGACAGUGCCUAUCUGGUCGCUGCCAUACAGGAGACCAUCUACGUGUGGCAUCUAAAUUCUGGGCGACUUCUCAACACGCUAUCCAAGCAUUAUCAGCCCAUCAAUUGCAUUCGCUUUACGGACAACGGCGAGCAUUUUGUCACCGGCGGCAAGGAUGGUGCCGUGCUUGUGUGGAGUUUAACACGUGCGGUUGCUCCCUUCGGAGGCGGCGACAGCGAGGAGAACGCUCCACUUUACAAUUUCAAUGACCAUGGGCUAGCGGUCACUGAUGUGCACAUUGGGCUUGGUGGCAUUCGCGCCUUCAUGUACACCGUCUCCAUGGACCGUUGCUGCAAGAUUUAUGAUCUGAGUGACGGCACGAUGCUCUUGAGCGUCGUCUUUCCCGUCUCCCUGCACAGCGUGAUCGUUGACAAACUAGAGACGAGCGUCUAUGUGGGCACCAGUGAGGGUCAGGUGCUUGUUUUCCACAUGGAUAAAGUGCCGCGCAUGAAGGAAUACCAUCUGGAGGAGGAGGAGAGCCAGGCAUUUGUUGGCCACACGGCCGGCACAGCCAUCACCUGUUUGGCUCUGUCUGUGAAUGCGCAACAGCUGAUCUCUGGUGGCGAGGACAAACAGGUGUGCAUCUGGGAUGUCGUCAGUCGGCAGCUGGUGAAGAGCAUUUCACAGCCAGGCGCCAUUACGAAUUUGUAUUUGCGCCUCAUAAGCACAUCCCGAUUUCAUCCAGGUCCCAAGGAACAAAAAUCAUUUGCCGACAAUCUGAAGCGUAUGAUUAGUCCCGAUGAUGACGAUGAUUGCAUCGAGCUGCUCAUCACAGAGGAGUAUCCAAAGGCACCAAAAUUCCUCGAGCCAAACUAUGACAACAGCUACGAUGGCAGUGCCGGAAACUCCGUCAGCCUUUCAGAUGACUACGAGGACGUUGCGAUGAGCGAGCCAGAAGAGGAGUCAUCUGAUGUUGAUGCGGAAAUGCCAGAAGCUGCUGCCAGUGCUCUACAAGCGGAACUCGCGGAGCUGCGCGCUGAGAAUGCGCGACUCAAGCUGGACGCUAAGCGCCUAAAGGACGUUAAUAUUAAAGAUCAAAUUUUGAGCCCUGUACAAAGUGGCAAACCGCCAAAGAAAAACAAAAAACCUCGAUUUUUUGUUUAUAACCAAUAA